GAUAAGGUACUAAAACUACAGUAAUAAGUGGUACAAUUCUUGACCAAAACAACCCAUAUGAUUAUUCACUCCCUCCUAUCUUUCCCACUCAUCACUUUCCCCCUCUCCACCAACAAUACUUUCUCUCUCUGAAACCCCAAGAAUCCCUGUUAAAAAGAUUAUGGCAAUUCAAACAUCUUUUAUAAUUUAAAAAAUCACUAUUGCUCUUCAAAGAUUGAAUUUUUUUCAUUUUUGAGUAUAAACCAAUAAUGUCUUCCAUUAGGAGUAUGAUAAUCCGAUCAAGGUCUCACAGGGUGGUGCAGGAUGGCUUAGCUCCGCCGCAUGCAGUGGAGAGCAGGCUUGGAGAGGAUAUAUCAUGCUGGGCAAACAUGCCGCAGGAGCUUUUAAGAGAGGUUUUAAUGAGAAUUGAAGCAUCAGAGAGUAGUUGGCCACCUAGAAAAAGUGUGGUGGCUUGUGCUGGUGUUUGCAGGACUUGGAGACAUAUGACUAAGGAGUUAGUUAAAGUCCCUGAAAUUUCUGGCAAGCUUACUUUUCCUAUCUCUGUUAAGCAGCCUGGUCCAAGGGAUUUUCUUCUCCAGUGCUUCAUAAAGCGUUGCCGCUCCACUCAAACAUACUACCUGUACCUCAGUUUAACUAAUGCACUAACUGACGAUGGAAAGCUCCUUCUUGCUGCACGCAAAUGUAGACGCACCACCUGCACAGAUUAUAUCAUCUCUCUAGAUGCUGAUGAUAUGUCAAAAGGGAGCAGUACAUAUGUUGGGAAGCUGAGAUCAAAUUUUCUGGGAACCAAGUUUACAGUCUUUGAUGGACAGCCACCUCAUGCUGGGGCCAAGAUGAUGAAAAGUCGUUCCACUAGGCUAGUAAAUUUAAAACAAGUUUCACCUAGGGUCCCUGCUGGCAAUUACCCAAUAGCUCACAUGUCAUACGAACUGAAUGUGUUGGGUUCCAGGGGUCCUAGGAGAAUGCAGUGCGUUAUGGAUGCUAUCCCUGCCACCUCUAUUGGACCUGGCGGGACAGCCCCCACACAGACUGAGUUUGCUCAUCACAGUGUGGAUAUCCUUCCAUCACUUCCAUUCUUCCGAUCAAAAUCAAACUGUGUGGAGAAUUUUUUAUCUGGACCUUUGUCCAGUCAGAAAGAUGGAGCAUUAAUACUGAAAAACAAGUCUCCGAGAUGGCAUGAGCAGCUUCAGUGCUGGUGUCUGAACUUUCAUGGACGAGUGACGGUUGCUUCAGUGAAAAACUUUCAACUGGUUGCUUCUCCAGAAAAUGGACCACCUGGUCCGGAACAUGAGAAGAUCAUCCUUCAAUUUGGGAAAGUGGGAAAGGAUUUGUUUACCAUGGAUUAUCGGUACCCAAUCUCUGCAUUCCAAGCAUUUGCAAUUUGCCUUAGCAGCUUUGACACCAAGAUUGCUUGUGAAUGAUUGAACCAAUUUGUAGUGAGUUAAUAACUUGUAGAGAUAUCGUUAUAUUGAAUUGUGUAUAAACAACAAAUGGAGAUCUUGUGUAGCGCAGCUGUGUUCUUUUGCGGGUGCAUAUGCAUAUCCGCAAGCAUAAAAAUGCAAGAGCCCAUGUUUGUGAAUAUGAAAUCUAUUCCAGCAUAUAGCAGUGGA